AAAACAAAUAGAGAAAAGUGCAAAAAUUGAACAAAAUUAAUUCGACCAAUUGCAAUGUAUUUUUAUUGUAUAUUGAUUCUCCCCUUUAAUGUGUUUAACCCGUGAUCGACCCUUUUCAUUAUACAACCCCAUGCAACAUAAACGUCCGACAGUGUGAACAUCACCUACACUGCGAAUAUAUAACAGCUAAAGCAAACUUGUAGAUACAUUUAUGAGUGCUAAUAAAGUGUCAACUCUGUUAGUUGUGUGAUAGUGUGAAUAAUGAUAAAAAUGUGAAGUAAAGUAUUGUACCGCAAAUAAAAGGAAAACCAGGAAGUAUUGCACCAGCUUGCCCCACUUUGAAUUUAUCACCUUUAGUAUAAAAGCCGCACAAUGAAUACCAGUGAGGACUAUUUAUCGAUGGACCCGUCGGAGAAGAUAUCUCAGGUGUUAGAUCAGCAGGAAAAUAACACAAUGAGCCCUCAAACACACCCAACAGUGAAAGAGUAUUAUGAAAACAUGACUGCCUUCCUCAGCCUGGCCAUCUUCAUAGCCAGUCUGCUGACCAUCCUCAACAUCUGCAUCUUCUCCACGACAGUCUCACGGCUGCGUCGUCACCUGAACAAGCCGCUUUUGAGGCCCUCGAUUAUGAUGGUCGGCCUGUAUCCGAUUAUCUCGGUGGCUGCUUUGGUUACCAUUCUGGUGCCCUACUCCUGGUUCAUCUGCCACACGGUGAUGCACGUGAUGUUCAUGGUCGGAGGACCUGUGUUCCGCACCCUGCUCUUCCGGUACGUAGGCUCUGAGCAGAAUUAUGUGAAGGAGUCGGGCGGAGAGGCGGUCCAGCUUAAUACACCGCCCUGUUGUUGCUGCUGCCUCUGCCUGCCCAUGGUGAUUCCCACCAAGGCUAAGCUCUGCAUCUCUAGAUACAUGGUCUGGCAGAUGCCCUUUUGGCAGGGAUCCAUCAUGCUGGUCAUGAACAUCCUGUACUACCGGGACGUUCAACUAUACCGCCAGGUCAUGUACUUUUUCAUCCCCUUCAUCAUCUGCUCGAUUGUCAUGGGAGUUUGGUCCCUUCAAAUCACCGUGCGGAUGAUCACAAAACUUCACGGGGAUUAUCAGCUGAGGAAGAAGAUGUUCUGCCUCCAGUUGGUGGUGAUGCUAUGCAAGUUGCAGUAUUUGAUCCUUUACGAUCAGUUGGAUGGCAUCAAGAUGGGCGGGGAGUAUCCCAUCAAUCACACCAUCUACAAGCAAACCAUCAUCAACAUUCUGAUCUUAGUGGAAAUGGUAUUGGUGUCCAUGAUGGCUCAGAGUGCUUAUCGUAUGCCCAUUCAGGUUCAAAUUGAUGAGGUGAAUAAAGAAAAGGAAGUCACUCGGAUUUGAGUGAUUUUUUGGCUGAUGGAAAGUUAGUAGAAACUAGAAAGAAUUGUGAUAAAUUUAAUAAAGAAAAUUUAGUUAAAUUUAAAGAAACAGAA